AUGCAGAGAUCUAGUACGUUCAAACAACGAUGGAGUUGUCAGAAUCCUGAGUCUGCAAUGGCCAUGCGUUCGACUUUGAUUGAGCGACAAGAAGCCGGAUCUCCAUUGCUGAUGAUGUAUGCAGAAAAGGAUGGUUAUCGCAGUAAUGUCUUUAGCGAGGAGAGGAUCGAUCUUCCACCACUAGAAUCAUUGAAAGGUAGCCUUUUAAAGAUUGAGCGAGUAGGAGAGGAUAAAGUCAGGGAUAUAUUAAUCAGCGAUUUAUCGCGUGGGGCUCCUCAUACUGCCGAGGAUCUGAGAGGCCGUUUGUGGGUAGGCGACAAGAAGGAAGACUACGUUGUUGUGUGGCAUUUUGAAAUGAACGGAAUACUAAUCAUAUAA